ACACACAUAGUGUUUACUUUAAAAUGUAUCAUACAAUUCGUAGAUGCAUAUUACGAUCAAGCUUCAAAGUAUUAUUUAGCAAUAGAAAAUUUCGACAAAUACGUUUGAAACGAUCAAAAUAAUGGCAAAUUAUUUUGAAAGUGCGAGGAUAAUGAAGGAACGUGAAAAAUUUCUCACAACGGGUUGCUUGAAAUUUGAUGCACUGCUUCAAGGUGGUAUCACUACACGCGGGAUUACACAAAUUUACGGGGCGGCUAGCACGGGGAAAACUCAAUUGGCUUUACAACUAUGCUUGACCGUACAAUUACCCGUAGCAGAGGGUGGUUUUGCUGCUGGCGCUGUAUACAUUUGUACCGAAUGUGUUUUUCCAUCAAGACGGUUACAGCAAUUGAUAAAAAAAUUAGAACCCGCUAAGAAACAUGGAAUAAACGGUGACUUAAUAUUUGUGGAACAUGUUUCAUCUAUUAAUGAAUUGGAAAUAUGUUUGCUUCAUAGAAUUCCGAUAUUAAUGUCCGUAUACAAGAUAGGAUUGAUAGUUGUAGAUUCAAUCGCUGCUCCGUACAGAGUAGAGGAUUGGAACGACGAGUCUAACAAUAGGGCAAAGAGUUUAAGAACAAUUGGGCGUCAACUACAUAAAUUAUGCGGAAACGAAGUGUGUGUAGUUUGUAUCAAUCAGGUAACAGCAACUGUUCAUAACAGUGUGCUUAACGAUAAUUCGAGCGAGCGACCAUCGUUGGGAACAACAUGGCUGAGCAUGAUAACCAACUCCAUACAGUUUUAUAGGAUAGAUUCUCUGAGAUACGCUUGUGUAAAAUUGUCAUCAAAUCUGCCAGAAAUAAUUAUUCCGUUUGAAGUACAAGGAUCUGGUGUGAAAGCGAUAGAGCAAAUAAUACAAAAUAAAUUUAAAAACAAUUAG